UUGCAGAGAAAUAAUCAGGGUGUUUCCCAGAUUGUCUCAGCUUCUCAACUUCUUUGGGUUGGUUUCUGUUUUACAAGAUUGAGAGAAAGGAAGAGUGGAGGAAGAUUUCUGGCUUGGAUCUGAUUGUCGCGGUUUCAUUUUCUGUUUGAAGAUUUGAUUUUGGUAGUCUGUCUGGGUGUUGAUCGUCUCUUGAAGAGAUAAGGAGAGAUGGGUUUUGAUGUAAUGGGGAUGGGAGUUAGUAUUGGGAAAGGUCUGAUCUUUUCAUUCAGAACUUGUUAUAAAUCAGUCCGUGAUCAUCCCUUCUAUUGGGGUUUGGUGUUUUUCUUCAUUUUCCUGUAUAGAUUUUUUCCUUCUUUGUUCGGACUGUUGGUCUCUUUUUCCCCUGUUCUUGUUUGCACUGCUGCUCUCCUUGGAACUCUUUUGAGUUCUGGGAAUCCACAUAUCCCUGAAAUCGAGAAAGAUGACCAGAGGACCCAUGAGAUUGCUUCUUUGAAAGCUGCAGUUGUUGAAAAUGAUCUUGUUUUUCAGAGAGAUGAGAGCCUUUCUGCAGAAGCCCAUGUGGAGAAGAGAGGGGAAGUUGAAGAGAAGGUGGCAGAGGAGCCAAUGGAUUUGGACGUGGGUAUAGAAGCUAAUAUUAGUAAGGUUGACAAGGACGUGGCUUUCUCAACAAUUAAUGACAAUAAUUUGAUGGGAAAGACCGUUAAGAUUGAAGAAGAUCCAAAAGAAAUUCCUGGGGAGGUGCAAAUGAUCGAGGAGGAGAGAGAGUUUCACAAGGCAGAACUGGUCGAGAAGCAAGAAUUUGAUGAGGAGGACUUACUUAUUGGAGGUGCACCUGGUGCCAGAAAAGACAUUGAUGGUACAUCUUCCAUCAAACUGGAAGAGAAUGAGACUCCCAGAAGGAAGAUUGAUAUGCCUGGUGGUGUGUUUUCCAUUACCCAAGAUUUGUCUUGGAAACAUGUUGAAGGCCAUGCUGAGUCUUGUGAUUCAGAUUCUGAUCGUUCAGAGAGUUCAUCUCCAGAUGCUUCUAUGGCUGACAUCAUGCCAAUGCUGUAUGAGCUCCAUCCACUCUUAGAGUCCGAACCUUCUCAACCUCCUCUUAUAUCCCUUAGGAACUCUACUGCUGUUUUGGAGAGUUCUAACAGAUCCCAUGAUGAUGGCAGUGCUGGAUCAGAAGAGGAGGGUGAGAACCAAGAAGAAGAAGAAGAUGAUGAUGAUGAUGAAGAAGAAGAUGAAGAAGAAGAAGAAGCACAGGGUACCCAAGGGGAUGAAACUAAAGGUGUUGUCACAUGGACAGAAGAUGACCAGAAGAAUCUCAUGGAUCUUGGAACUUUGGAACUGGAAAGGAACCAACGGCUGGAGAGUUUAAUAGCAAAGCGAAGGGCAAAGAAACUCAUGAGGAUGGAAGCUGAGAAGAACCUGAUAGACUUGGAUAGUAAUGAUCCUCCAUUUUCUAUUGCUCCUAUUUCGACGAAGCGAAACCCUUUCGACCUUCCUUAUGAUUCCUAUGAGGCCAUGGAUUUACCACCCAUUCCUGGUUCUGCUCCCUCAGUCAUGUUACCUAGACGAAAUCCUUUUGAUAUUCCCUAUGAACCAUAUGAAGAAAAACCCAAUCUCACAGAAAACAGUUCCCAACAAGAGUUCAUUCCAUUUCAACCGAAGGACUUCCAGUUCAGAAGGCAUGAGAGCUUCAGUGUGGGAGUUUCUGUAGAACCUAAGCAAAGGAGACAUUUCAGCCCGUAUUUCGUUACUGAACGAAUGGCUUCGGAGGGGGUAGAAUAUACCAUGUUUCAGAGACAAUAUAGUGAGAAGAGUGAUUCUAAGGUAAGUUCUGUUCCUGAAACAGAAUCAGCUUCUUCGGCUGCGGAUCAAGAAGAUCAUAGCACACUUGCUGAGCAAGAAUUACCUCAAGAAGGUGACCCGAUCUCUCACAUGGACCAUGCUUCUGAUCAUGUUGAAUGUGGAAGCCAAUCUUCCGAAGUAGACUUGGUGGAGAUUGAUCCUGAAGAGAAGAAAGCUGUUAAAGUUGAUGAUAUUGAUAUCAAAAGGGUCAAUGAGGAACAGAGAAUGAUGCAUGUUGACUGCACUUCUAAUCAUGUUGAAUGUGAUAGCCAGUCCUCUGGAGAAUUAGAUUCAGCAGAGGUUUAUCCUGAAGAGAGGAGAGACUUUGAUGUUGACGGUGUUAAUAUGAAUGUGGUUGAUGAGGAAACUGUCCAUGAGGUUGAACUGCAGCCCCACCAGUCAGGAUAUGUUGGUUCGCUUGUGGAAGCUGACAAAAGUGAGGUUCAUGCAGUAGAUGAGAAAUGCACCGAUUCAAGCUCAUCAUCGUCGGAAGUGCAUGAAAAAUUAUUCCAUAUGGAAACAGAUGAAGGAUCAAGGGAUCAAGAGCUGAAAAGGGAUGAUAAUACUGAAGGGUCAAAUGAUUCCAAUCGAUCAUCUCUCACUGAAUCUGAUUUUAAUCUUAGGAACCGGAUCAUGGAAAGUGGGGAUGAGAGUCAAACAAAGGAGCCUGUUUAUGAUUCAAGCCCCUCAGGGAUUGAGAAGACACUCUCUAACAUGACAUCCAUCCAGGAAGCUUUAUUUUAUGUGGAUAAGGGGGUUGUCACCUCUACUCCCUCCAUAGCUUCUGACUUGCAAGUAGAUGUCUCUGAAGUUGGUUCACCUCCGGUGUUAGUUCAUGGAGAAGAUGGUGAAUCUGUAGCUUAUGGUGGGAGGUCAAUUGAGAUAUCUCCUGGCAAUGAACGUAUUUGGAUGGCCUCAUCUAACCUUUGUGCGAUUGAUGAAAAUGAAUCGAGGUCAAUGCCAGUUACAGAGAUUAGUGACCACGAUGUUAUAGAGGUUGGAUUUUCAGGAAUUAGCCAGAAUCCUGAUGAUCCUCGUGUUCCAAAAGCAGUAGUUGGGGAAGUUUCAAGUGGCUCAGGUUCAUCUUCAUUGGAGACUAGAUUGGGAGAGGAGAGUCGGAUAAGUGAGGAUGUACAUUUUCAGUUGAAGCAGAAUCAGGUCUCUUUUUCAAGUUCUGAUGAAGAUUUCCAACAGCAUGAUGCCAAUUUGAAGGUGGACACCCUGGAUUCCAGUUAUUCAAAUGCGGUAUCAUCUGAAGAUUCAAAAUCUUCUGAAUUGGAGAAACCCAUAUCUUUGAUGGAGAAAUUGACUGUUCAUCCAUCUUCUGAUGGUGAUCAUGAAGAAACUCAGGACUCAUCUGCUCUUCUGGUAAAGUCCAUUGAGGAAGGAAAUGUCCAAACACCUGAGGACGAGGAUUCAUCAAGUUUAUCUAUGUUGACUGUUCCAGUCCCUGUCCUACCCGAGGUCUUUGAGAUCAAGUCUACUACUGCUCCAACUGAUAUAAAAGAGAAUGUUCUUGUAAGUAUCCAAAGUGGGGAGGAAAGUCCAAUCUUCGAGAACCAAAGUGAUUCAGUAAAAGCGAAAGGGUCGCAUGUCACUAAGGAAGAAUUCAGCGAAGAGGCAGAGGGAAUCAAAGAGAUCGAUGAGGCAAUUCUGUCAGAAUUGGACACAGUUGGUGAUUUCAGUGUCAAAGAGUUGGGAUUAAGCAUGGAUCAGAAAGAAAAGAACUUGAGUUUGGAGGAGCAGGAGAGUCUGCCUGAGCUGCAAGUCCUUGGAGACAGGCCUGUUGAAGAUAUUGAGGUGGAUUCUGACAAGCUAAGCAAACUUGAAGCUGUUGCAGACUCACCAAACGAGUACAAGACUAGGUCUGCCAAUGUUGGGGUGAAAGUAGAAGUUCUAGAGGUGACUGAAAGUACUUCAGAGUCACAAGUUCUUGAAGCAAGCUCUCUUGAUGAUGCCAAUGUGGAUUUUAAGCAUAUUCCUGAAAGAGUGGUUGAGAAAUCUGUAGUUGUUGAUUUAGUCCAGAGUGAGCCAUUGCCGAAGGAAACUGAAGUUGAGUUUACUGAGUUUGAGCUAACCAACCAAGAUUCAAGUGAAAAAACAAUUGGUUCUGAGCUUCCAGUCGUUGAAGCAAGAUCGCUUGAAGAUAUAGAGUCAGCCUUUAAGGAACUCAAUCAAGGAGUUCAGGAAACUACUGUUACAGAAUCAUUCUAUGAUAAACCAAUGACAGUGGAAACUGAAAUCGGGCCUACUGAUUCUGGGCCAUCUGAAAGUGUCUUAGAUCUGACUGCGACCAUUUCAAAGCUACCAGUUCUUGAAGCAAGUUUAAUAGAAGAUAUUGAUAUGCAGUCUAAUAAAAUCCAUGGAGUUCAGAGCACGAUCAGUACUGAAUCUUUCCAUGAUAAGCUGACAGGGGAGAACAGUGAAGCUGGAUUGGCUGACGCUCGGCCAUCAUCAGGAGACUCAAGUUCAACCGUGACUGAUUCAGAGCUACCAGUUCUUGAAGCGAAGUCUGUUGAAGAUAUUGAUUUGGCUUUAAAGCAACUCCAGGAAGGAGUGCAGAACCCUAGCACUGCUGAAUCUUUCCAUGAUGAACCAACAGGGGAGAAAAUUGAAGUUGGGUUGGCUGACUCUGGCCUAUCAGAAAGAAACACAGAUCUGAUUAGUGCUGGUUCAGAGUUACCAGUUCUUGAGGCAUCAUCUCUUGAAGAUAUCGAUUUGGCUUUCAAGCAACUCCAUGGUGGAGUUCAGGCAAUUGAUUCAUUACACGAUAAGCCCACACGGGAGGAAACUGAAGUCGGGGUUAGUGAAUCUGGGCAAUCUGAUGGAGAAGCAACUAAGAUAAGUUCAGAGCUACCAGUUCUUGAAGCGAAGUCUGUUGAAGAUAUUGAUUUGGCUUUUAAGCAGUUGCAGGGAGGAGAUCUUGAGGGAACUAUCCUUCCUAAAUCAGUUGAUAGGCCACCUGUGGUAGAAUCCCAAGAUGUGGUAGAGACUCAUCUACACCUUCCAGUUGAUGAUGCUAAAUCUUCAGAAGGUCUUGAAGUUGAAGUGAAGGAAAUGGGAAAAGUUGAGAGAGAAUCAUAUUUUGAAGAAUCUGGGAUGCCCCAAGAGAAUAGCAUAAUUGCUGAAGAAGCAAGCCCAGGAGAUAAAGGAACAUCAGAGUGUCCAAGCUCGAGCACAUCAGCUGUGAGACAUAAGAAAGCUGGAUCUCAUAAAUCAAGUUCCAGUUCAAGCUCAAGCUCAGGCUCAAGCUCAAGUGAUUCUGAAUGAGAAGAAUCGAGGAAAGAAAGUAACUUGGCCGUUUGGUAUUUCCCCAUUAUGGUUAUUUCAACAGCCAAGAAACAUUUGGGUUUUAUGGUUUUGAGUUUAAACUGUGGGCUUUGUUUGAUGAUGAUGAUCGUGUUCUUUAUAGAUCUUUUAAUAGUUACUUAGUGUCUGGUUUACUGCUUCAAGAAUAUGGUUUCACGGUCUUGAAGUAUGGAAGUGUGGGAUCUUUAUUUGUUUCCUGCCCAUCUUUUGAGAUACUAAAUAGUUUGAGAUUUCUUUGCAGAAAGUUUUGUAUGCAUCCAUGUACUUUGUAAAUUAUCUUAUCAAUGAAGUGAUUUGGGUAUUCAUGA